CAACGGACAGAAUCGAACAACAGAAAUUAAUCUGGACCGUCAAAAGAAUAGGGCAAACAACAACCCUAAUUCGACGACCAUAUUAAACUCUCAAAAGCCCACCGUCUAUCUCUCCUCUACACUUGAAGGCGCGCGGCAUCUGCAGCACCUAUCUCUUACUUCUUCGUCGUUGCUGCUGCCGCUGACUUGCCAAGAUGUACACUACAUGGAAGAAGAUCCGUAAAGACAAGGAUGCUGAACCCACUGAAUUUGAGGAGACAGUUGCACAGGCAAUAUUUGAUCUUGAAAAUACCAGCCAGGACUUGAAGAGUGAUCUAAAAGAUCUCUUCAUUAACUCAGCAGUUCAAAUGGAUGUUGCUGGGAAUCGCAAGGCUGUUGUUAUUUAUGUUCCUUACAGAUUGAGGAAGGCUUACCGCAAGAUUCAUCUUCGCCUUGUUAGGGAGUUGGAGAAGAAGUUCAGUGGGAAGGAUGUUGUCCUGGUUGCCACCAGAAGGAUCGUGCGUCCACCGAAGAAAGGUUCUGCUGUGCAGCGACCUCGCACACGCACCCUGACAGCUGUGCAUGAUGCCAUGCUUGAGGAUGUAGUUUAUCCAGCUGAGAUUGUUGGGAAACGCACCAGAUACAGAAUAGACGGUUCCAAAACUAUGAAGAUUUUCUUGGAUCCCAAGGAGCGGAUCAACACCGAGUACAAAUUGGAAACAUUUACUGGAGUUUACAGGAAGCUUACUGGGAAAGAUGUAGUUUUUGAAUACCCCAUAACAGAGGCUUGAGAUCUCUAUUGAGAGCUUUUGUUCCUGUUUUUCUAGAGCUUUAUAAUUGCAGCAGAUAGGAUACUAUUUGAAAUUUUGAUUCUUGAAUUUGGUUAAAUAUGUUCUAUAUCUUCUUUUUCUUGGCGGCAUAGGGUGGUAAAACUUUAAUGAAUUUACAUGCGCAUCUAAGUCCUGUGGAUUUUGGGGGUUAUAGAACAUGCGUGCUUUUCUAAAAAGUUUGUUUAUGGAAAUGUCUACUCUUCAAA